UCUGUGAGUCUAUACUUGUAACACUGAUUUAUUGCGCUGCGGUCUGAAUUGAACUCGGGAAAUCUUUUUAAUUUUUCAAAUCAGUCUAUCGCGCGUAAUGGUGUAAUUCAUUUUUAUUUAAACAUCUUGGUAAAUUAAUAUCAACUGAAGUGCAUUGGUUAAAAUUGUAGAAAUAAUGUGUUAUACCGGACCAUGACAUGAAUGACGAAAAUUUCAAUUUUCUGUAGUAAAUAAGAAAUUUAUAGCUCACGAUGGUGUUCGAAUCGAUUGUGGUGGACGUGCUGAACAGAUUCCUAGGCAAUUAUGUGGAGAAUCUGAACAGGUCCCAACUAAAGCUAGGAAUAUGGGGCGGCGAUGUCGUGCUGGAAAAUCUCAUACUCAAGCAGAAUGCUUUGGAGGAACUCAAUAUACCCGUUCAGACAGUUUAUGGACACUUAGGAAAACUAGUACUGAAAAUACCCUGGAAGAAUCUCUAUGGCGCCUCAGUAGAAGCUACAGUUGACCGAUUGUUUCUGAUUGUCAACCCUAGCGCUGAGGUUAAAUAUGACCCUGAGAAGGAAGAGAAGAUCGCCCUUGCUGCCAAACAGGCUGAACUGGCGAGGGUUGAAGAAGCCAAGAAGAGAGAGGCCUUAAAAGAUCAGACCAAGCUCGACGAGACGUUCGUCGAAAAAUUGGUAACUCAGAUCAUCAAGAAUGUUCAGCUAAAGAUCACAGAUAUACACAUACGUUAUGAAGACAGUAUCACGAAUCCUAAAGCGCCCUUCUCUUUCGGUAUCACCUUGCAUAACCUAUCCGUCCAGACUACUGACGAAAACUGGCAGAAAGCGGUUAUAACUGACGCUGUGACCAAGAUUUUCAAGAUUUUAGAUUUGGAAGGUUUAGCAAUGUACUGGAAUCCUGUAACUGAAUUAUAUUCGAAGUCAGGGCCUAUGGAGAUAAAGGAUAGAUUGCAAAAAGAAAUUGCCACAAAAUCUUCUAAACCUUCAUUUUACAACUACGCUCUCGGUCCUAUAAAUGCAACUGCAAAAUUAAAACUAAAUCCGAAACCUGAGGGCGACACACCAAAGUUCAGUAUACCAAAAGUGAUACUUAGUCUACAUAUGGAGCAGCUUUCAGUCAGUCUUACGAAAGCACAAUACCAAGAUAUGAUGUUGUUAGCGGAUUCAAUGGAUCGAAUGAACAAGCAAGCGCCUUACAGAAAGUACCGUCCAGACUUCAAUACUUACAAACGCCAUUACAAAGAAUGGUGGCAGUUUGCAUACCGUUGCAUAUUAGAGGAGGAAGUUCUAAGGCGACGUAGAAACUGGGACUGGAAUCAUAUGUUGGAGCACAGACAGCUUUGCAAAGACUAUGCGACUGUUUAUCAAUGCAAACUUAGUAAUAAAGGCAAAGUGACCACUGAUCAAGCGUGUGUGUUGGAAAAGGCUGAGAAGACACUCGAUUUAUUCAAUCUGGUCGUUAUUAGGCAAAAGAUUGAAAUGGAGGUGGAAAGACUGGGUAAAAUCGAAGAGGAAGCUAAAAAGACUCGAAGUUGGAUUAGCAGCUGGUGGUAUGGUGGGGGCUCAAAAGAAGACGAUUUGGCUGAAGGCACAGCUAUCAUGAAACAAUUCGAAAAAGCAAUGACGCCUGAAGAAAAGGAGAAGUUAUUCCGAGCCAUAGACUACCAAGAGAACUCGGCGCCUCUACACUUGCCCAUAGAGUAUGUGGCCAUAGAGAGCUACUUCCAAUUAGACCGACUUCAACUGAAUGUGACUGAUGAAGUGGAAGUUUUGAAAGCCUGUGUCGAUCACGUUGAAGUCGAUAUGAAGCAGAGGCCUAGUGCUAAUGCUUUACGAGUGGACGUCCAGAUGAAGGCUUUCAGUGUCACUGGCGUACAACAAGGCACGUUUGAGCCUCAACUGGUCAUCUCAAAAGAGGUCACACAAGAUGUCAAUCUAUUGAACGUUGUAUUCGAAACUAAUCCUCUAGAUGGCUUGUGUAACCAAAGAGUGAAGGUGUCAGCUCGGCCGCUACAAAUUAUAUACGACGCACAAACUGUCAUCGAAAUAGUAAACGUAUUCAAACCAGCCUCCGAUUCUACUGCCUUAUCUACUUUACAAGCAGUAGCAGAGAACAAACUAUCGGAUCUCAAAGAGAAAUCGGCAUUAGGCAUGCAGUAUGCCGUACAUCAUCACACGUUUAUAGACGUCGAUAUAGAUAUUGCUGCUUCGUAUAUUAUCGUGCCGAAGACUGGCGUUUAUUCUGACGGCCAAGCAUGCGUGGUAGUAAAACUCGGUGCCAUAAGAGUGAAGUCGGAGCCUCGUUCACACGCACUCGACGUACACAAGUUGUAUAAAGAAGGGCUCGCCGAUGAAGACAUACUGAUGGAAAUUACCAAACACAGCUACGAUAAGAUGGCUCUCGAACUUACUGAGAUGCAGAUUGUGAUAGCCCAUGAGCGAGAAGAUUGGGCGUCAGCAAUAGCAUCGACGGACGACGUAGGAACCCCACUGCAUUUACUUCAACCCACCAAUUUAGUUAUACAGAUACAUAAGUGUUUGAUUACCGACGACCCGCGCAUGCCCAAGGUCAGGGUCAAGGGCGAGUUGCAAAAGAUUGCCAUCAGUGCUUCGGAAGAUCGAUUAUUAGCAUUAUGUGAAAUAUUAGUAAGCAUGCCUCUGCCGAAGUCUGAUGAGAUGACCCAACUUAAGCCUAGUGAAUCAAAAGGAUCGAGUCUUUCGUUACUGAAAUAUUUGGAUCCAAUGGAGAAGCAAAGGCGAGAGAACGCCCGAGUUAAAGAAAAGGCCAAAGAUGAGCACACAGUACAAAUGACUGAGCUUGAAGCUUUCUUUAUUAUGAAAGAACUCGUCCUCAGUAUCAACCGAAAAACAAUAGACACGUCAAAAGGCUACGACAGAUUCCUAGUGUUCUCUCUAUCACUAUUAGAAGUCACUGCCAUACAGAAGACUUUCACAUUAGACGCCGCUGUCCGCUUAGGAGCGGUGAAACUAGAACAUCAUAGAGUGGGCCGAGGCCUUAAAGUACUGAAUAUGAUCGAAACACCAGAUGUUCUACCUUAUGAUGAGAUUACUAUUACUGAAGAUAGCACUUCAAAUAUGCUUCAUUGUCAGCAGUAUUUGUUUGCUGUUACGUAUAGGAAUGUGGAUAAAAAAUGUCCGGAUUUCAGAGGUUUGUUUGGAUCAGUAGAACAGUUGAUCGAGUUAAAUUUCACUGACUUAAGGGUAUUACUGCAUCUGGAGGGAUUAAGAGAAAUUCUUGUCAUUGUUAAUGAGUAUCAGACAAGACUGCAAGCUAUUCAGAGUACAGUGGAUAGAACAGCGAACGCAGGCCCAUUAGAAACUAUUGUGGAAGACGAGGAGUUCACUACGGCCAAAUCUAAAGCGAGUGUAUCAAAGCCAUCUCGUAAGAAGCAAGUGGAAAGCAUUCAGAUGAAAGUGAACUGUAAGAUCGGGGCAAUAGAGAUAGUUUUCGCGACGGAGUCCCGUCCCCUGUCUAUGGUGCAACUGAAAGGUGCUACUGCCGGAUUGGUGCUUAAAGCUUCGUACACACAAGUAGACUGUGCUAUUGCGUCCAUUAAGGUUGAAGAUUUGAAUCCUGCAUCAAUACACAAAGAGAUUCUCAAAGUACUCGGCGGUGAUGUGAUGAAUGUACAAAUAGUAAUGUACAACUUAGACCAAUACCCGGCUGUCAGUGACAUUAAUAUGUCGAUUGAUUGCCAAAUCAACUGUUUGCGUAUUAUAUUCUUGAAUUGGUUCGUCACUUCUAUGUUGGAAUUUUUGAAUAACUUCCAAACAGCUCAACAAGCUAUUAUAGACGCAUCUUCGCAAGCGGCUGAUGCAGCCAGGGCUAAUGUACAAAAUGCUUACACGAAUUCUACUAAGCUAUCACUUAAAGUACGUUUGGCGGCGCCUAUCAUCAUAAUACCAGAAAACUCGAAGAGUUUGAACGCGAUGCUCGUCGAUUUGGGUCGCAUGACUUUGAACAAUAACUUUGUGGACAUGAAUGUUCAUGAUGUAAGCACAACUGUGACAGUCGAAGAGUUAACCCUUGAUUUGGAAAACAUGAAGGUUUCCUGUGUGAAGCUUGAUAACGAUUACAAGGAAGCGAUUCAUGAGAGGAAGUUAUUGCGUCCGACUAGUUUCAAACUGCUCGUUAAACGUAGUCUGUCGGCUUGGUAUGAUACCCUGCCCGACUUGGAUAUAUCUGGACGAAUGAAGACUAUUGCUAUCACAGUAGGCCACUGCGACUACAAGAGUAUAAUGAGAAUCCUGAAUCAGAACUUACAAGAAGGCCAAGCGAAGGUUGACGAUAAAUCCGCUACGGCCAUGCUGAAAACUAGUUCCAAAGUAAAGGGACAGACUAUUAGGAGUCAGAACAAGUCCGUGGCAGCCAUAAUAUCUUCUAAAGAGAUACAGAAACCUAGGACGUCGAUAAAGUUCUCUUUCACGAUGGAAAGCCUGGUCAUUGACCUUCUGAAUACGGCAACGGCUACUACUGAAUACUCCAUGUUCUCUCAAGACGUGGACUUGGCGCGGUUUUGUAUGACAUUACUCUCUGUCAAGGGGAGGAUGCUAUCAGAUCACUCGAUGCAAACCUCCUUGCUCUUAGUAGACUGCACACUUGAUGACACAAGGCCUGGUAGAGGCACUAAGGUCACCAGGUACUUAGAGAGGCGUCGUAUUACAAAAUCCGAGCGUCAAGAAGCCGAGGCAGCUUCGGAUCUGCACGAUAAGAUACGAAGCAUGAUUGACGUCACGUACACCAUGAAGAAUUCAGACACAUUCAUUGACAUGAGGAUCUUCAGUUUCGAUCUGAUCUUAGCAAUGGAUUUCCUUAACAAGAUCGCAGAGUUCAUGACAACGGGCUUGGUAGACGAUGCAAAGACAACCAAAGAUGAACAACCGGGCCCAAGGACAACUGUGCCAGAGAAAUCUGUUGAGACCCUAGCGAAGAGGAGAUCGACAGCUAUAUCGACAGCAGCUAUAGAACCCCGUCAAUUAGCCAUGAUGACGGUGAACAUCAAGAUUGAACAGCCCGAUAUUAUCUUAGUGGAGUCCCUUGAACACAAGACCUGUGACGCUUUGGUGCUUAAUAUGGAAGCUCGCUUCAAGCUCCGUCGUUCGGCCGAGCGCAUGGUAGCGGACGGCGGUAUCUCAGGCCUACAGAUGGUCGUACGACAGUUAGGAACUCAAGCAGAGAGCUCUACACCACGGUUCUUGUUGGCUCCAACGCAUUUGUCGUUGGCGCUCUCACAGCCGCCGAUGUCGGGCAUGCAUGUAGAUAUUGCUAUUACGGAUAUCAAGAUUACUGUGUCGCCAGAUAUCAUAUCUCUUCUAAAUCGAGUGUUGGCGACGAUGACGAGUAGCGAGGAAGAUAAUAAAGUAGAAGAACACAAGGCGAUAUUCUAUGAUAACUUGUGGGCUAUUGAACCGUUCAAACCUAACUCCUAUUGGUUCUUAAAAACCGAGCAAGCCGAAGAAGCUAUAAACGCUGAAGAAUCGUCUGUUGAGAUGACAACAGUCGCUCCUAUAGGCGAAAUCUGUUUGCUAUCGUGUCCUUCAAUCGUAGCCUCGUUUGAAAUGGAGAUCGGUAACGAGACUAUACCGGUACUCGUUAUGCAGGCCUCGCUCACGGGACAGGUCAAAGAUUGGAGUUCAGAUUUCUACGCGGAAUCGACGUGGGCGAUGCAAGUAUCAUACUAUAACAUUGAGCGUGCAGUAUGGGAGCCGCUCAUAGAACCAGUGGAAGUACUAAAGGACUACCAGUACAAACAUGUGCCUUGGGAACUUAAAAUGGAGAUCGUAAUGCAUACGCAAGAAGGUCACGCGUCGAUAGACACGACGGACGAAGCGGCGAAUUUGCAAACGGUAGCUCAGAGGCAAGCCAACAAGACCAUCACAUUGUCUAGCAGUGAGCCAUUGGAGAUCACCAUCACUAGAACUGGCAUGGAGGUGCUAACUCUUCUAGGAAACUCAUUUUCAUCGUCCAUUGCUGAAGGUGCGAGUGAGGGCGCCACUGUCUCCAAAUCCAAGUUCGAUUCAUUUGAAAAAACAUUCCAUGGAGCGCCUUAUGUUCUUCACAACUGCACCGGUUUGACGGCCAAGUUAAUAUUGAAUGAUAACCACGACUUCUCGGUGUGCCUUACUGAAGAAUAUGUUUCUUCAGACUACAGGGAAGUGGUUUUAGAACCGGGUGCUUGCGUUCCCUUGCAACUUAAACAUGGUGGACUCAACCUGAUGAAGCUAAAUGAACCGCCUCCACCGCUCAAGCUGAAUGUUAAGUUUCAGAUAGUAGAAAUAGACGAUGACGUACAAAUCCCGGUGGACCGCGCGGACAAGCGGUACUUCCCGCUCGGCCGCAAGCUCGCGGGUAGCGUUCCUGAGAAGAACGUUCCGCACGUAGCCGCGGUUGAACCGCGCGGACUUAUAUCCGAAGUGGUCAUGCAGGAAGCGGCACUGCAUAUUUAUUUGAGAAGUGUUGUGCAGGUAACAAACACACUCUCAGUGAACGUGUCAGUUUACUACAUGACUCUUUCCGGCAACGAGGUGCGUUUACUAGGCGACGUGAAGCCCGGAGACAUUCUACGAUUGCCGUUACAGGCUGUUCAUACGCCCACUGCUGAAUUGUUCUACUCCGUUGAAGGUUUUACAGUAUCUGUAUCACCGUUCAUAUGGCGGGAACUGCAACAAGAAGUGAAGAUAUCGAGACUGUUGCAGUGCGAUUCUAAAGAUAAGAAUAGCGGAGAGAAAUUCUAUUUGAGGGCCUUAGGUACAAUGGAACAAGUAUUCUACGAGCAGACGACCCGGCACACGUUCGCUUCAUCUUGCUACGACAUAGUACUGAAGCCAGCUGUAAAGCUACAGAACUGUUUGCCCGUUGAGAUCGUCGUCUCUCAGUUAGGUCUGAAGAGGACGCAAGUAUUCCAGCCAGGAGAAAUGUUCCACUUGUCGCAUCUGUCGCCUAACCGCGCUUCUAUUGUUAUUAUGAUCAAAAACUACCUCGACAAAUGUUGGGUUUGUACGAAGAACCUUCCUGAUAGUGAGACAGAACUUUCAGUGUGGUCUUUCGAAUCUCACGACAGCCCUUCAGUAAUGACUCUAGACUUGGGUAUGCAUAGUGUGGACAUGGAAGGAACUCAGGUCUUAUCUCUAUAUUGCCCAUUCUGGAUGCUCAACAAAACCGGCUUCACAUUGUGUUAUAGGAUUAAGCAUUCAUGUUGCAGUAAAUUACUUAGACGCCAUACUUCUUGUUUGCCGAAUGUGGAUGAAACAGGCAACGUGAUAUUCCAUCCUAAAGAAUAUAAGGAGCCUAUACUGUUUUCGUUCCGCGCAAAGAAUUUCUUUGGUAAGAAGAAAGCGGCUAUAAGGGUGGAGUUUGGGGAAUGGUCUGACAAGUUCUCGUUGGACGUUCCUGGAAGUUCUGGUGUUAUUAUUUGUAAACAUGAGGGAAGAACUUAUCAGGUGGCAGUUACAAAUCAGCUGACGUUCAACAGUUUGACCAAAAUGGUUAUAUUCACGCCGUACUUCUUGAUCAUCAAUGAAGCGCCUUUCGAUAUUCAAUACCAAGAGCUGCACAGAUCUGGUGACCCUUGGAUCACGGUUGCUCAAAAAUCAAGCGCGCCUCUAUGGCCGGUCAUAGAGAGGGAAGACAAGUUAUUGUUAAUGCGAGUCGCUGGCUCCGCCGACUACGCCGCACCAUUCUUAUAUACCGAACAACAUUCAGUUUGCUUGAAGCUCAAUAACGAGUUCGGCGGUCUCCACGUGGAAGUGCAGCUGACUGAAGGCGGCACGUACAUCACAGUGCGUCAGUACCGCGACGGACAUGCGCCCGCGCUACUCGUCAACUUCUCGCCCUACGACAUCACUGUUUAUGAGAAGGAGAAUGUUAAUACUAAGUCACUGUCUUCAAUGCACAAAAUGCUUUACACGUGGGAUAACCCCGCAGGACCUCGCGUUAUGAUAUUUGCAGGUCACAAGAAGAAGGAGAUUGAAAACGAUCUGAGAAAAGAUGGCAUUGGAGAUUUUAUGAUCAACGAAACCACCCGAGUAUACUGGGUAUCGUUCCUCGACGGUCUACAGAGAGUGAUACUAUUCACUGACGAUCCGAUACUCGCUAGUGGUGCCCACACUAUCGGCGAAGCUGAGUUAGUCGAUACCGAACUUGUAUUGUCUAUGCAAGGCAUAGGAUUGUCGCUGGUGAACGAUCCCGAACAAUUGGAGAUUGUUUACAUCAGUAUUUCUAAUUCUGGUAUAAUAUGGGAGCAAUGCAAAGUGGGAGCUCGCCGGUACAAAAAGAUUGAAGGGCCGAAGCUGCUGCAGUUAGAAGAACAUUAUCAACGAUACAUGGCUGAGAAGAUGGUCAGCACUACUGAAAUACUCUCGCCUAGAGUACAAAUUGAUGAGAAAGUUGAGGUGGACUUCGAAGAGAUGCGCCAACUGAAGCCAUCCGUCCGUCUUCUCCGCCGUACCCUGCAACCCGGUCUCUGGGCGUCAUACGGGCUGACCCCGCACUCGCGGCGCCUGCACGCUCGCCUGCACCGCCUGCAAGUAGACCAGCAGUUGCCGCUGCCCACCUUCCCAGUCGUGCUGGCUCCCGUACCUCCCCCAAGGUCUAUCGCUAAUGAGGAUCCUAGUGGUAUGAAACCGUUUAUCGAAGUGUCGAUAGUCGAACGGUUGAUGGAACACAGUAUGGUCCGUCAGUACAAAUACUAUAAGGUGCUGAUUCAAGAGUUCCACGUGAAGGUGGAUAUGGGACUGAUCAACGCACUCAUGGGCAUGUUCCCACAACGGUCGCUCAAUGAACAAGAAGCGCUGGACGCAUUCCAACUCGAUUUAGAAAAAGCAGGACAGCCAUUAGAAGCUUUAGCAGCGAUAGGGGUCGCAUCAGAUCUCAAGAAUUUCUACGAUAAUCUGCAUUUGUCGCCACUCAAGGUUCACGUUUCGUUCUCUCUCGGUGGCACGACACAACUACCAACGUUUGUUGGCACAGUACUGCAGAGCAUCGGUGUUACUUUGACGGACAUGAAUGACGUCGUAUUCAAAUUGUCGUACUACGAAAGGAACUACGAGUUCUUAUCUCAGAAGGAGUUGAUCGGUCAAGUACAGAACCACUACACGGGACAAGCUCUCAAGCAACUUUAUGUUCUAGUCCUCGGGUUAGAUGUAAUAGGCAACCCCUAUGGACUGGUCGUGGGACUAAAGAAGGGUGUUGAAGAUUUGUUCUAUGAGCCUUUCCAGGGUGCAAUCCAAGGUCCGGGCGAGUUUGCCGAGGGUCUGUUCUUGGGCGUACGUUCGCUGGUCGGACACACAGUGGGCGGCGCGGCUGGAGCCGUGUCGCGUAUCACAGGCGCUAUGGGACAUGGGCUUGCUGCACUCUCGCUAGAUAAGGAUUACCAGAGACGCCGUAGGGACAAUAUCAAUAAGCCACCAGCGAAUCUUCAAGAAGGUCUUGCGAGAAGCGGUAAAGGACUGGUUAUGGGUGUAGUAGACGGCGUGACGGGAGUGUUCACGAAGCCCAUAGAGGGUGCUCGCGAGCAGGGCGUGGAAGGGUUCUUCCGGGGGCUCGGUAAAGGCGCUGUGGGGCUCGUGGCUCGUCCCACCGCCGGCGUCGUCGACUUCGCGUCCGGCUCACUUGACGCCGUCAAGAGAGCGGCGGAUAUGUCUGAAGAAGUGACGAAGCGUCGACCUGCGCGAUACAUGGCGCCCGACUGUGGCGUCAGGCCAUACUCGAGGCUCCAUGCUGAAGGAUAUAAGAUGUUGUUCGAGCUUGAAAAGGGUAAAUACGUCAGCACGGACACGUACGAAGCUCACGUGUGGGUAAUUGCCGGUAAAGAAGUAGUCAUGUGCACCGACAAGCGCAUGCUAUACAUUGAGAAGAACAAUGUCUUCGGCGGCUGGCAGAUUGUAUGGACGUAUCUCUGGUCGGAGCUCCCUGAAGUGCCAACAGCCGUCAACAAAGGCGUCUACAUCCCCACUGCCAAGAAAAAGGUGCUAGGAAUGUUCCCCACGUCCGGGUCCGGCAAGGUGAUAUUCCUCUACGACGAACAACAGAAGAAGUACUUGCUCGCACAGUGCCAGCGGCUGAUGCAAACUCGUUGACAUGAGGCAGUAGAAAGAAUGACGCCUUCAGAAUGGUUGGCACAGUUCUUUCUACUUAUAUUUGAUUAUCGCACCGCAUUGCUUACUUUCGCCUAUCACUUUAACAUGCACCACCUCGGCCCCAAAGGCUUCCGCUAAACCCUUCCCUCGCUGUGAGCAGUGCUUCAUAUGGACUAUGUAUUUAUGUACUUUAGCGUAUCGGUGUUUAUCUGUUUUGAGAACCGUGUGCUUGUUAUAUUUUUAUAAUACCUUUUUACGUGAUGGUGUCAAUGCAAUUUGUAUGCUGAGUACAAUUAUGGAAUUGAAUAUCGUGGUUAUGACAUGUUGUGUAUGUAGUUAGAGUUUUGAUUAUUUUACAUAUUUUUACCGUUUAGUAAUAUACCAACCUUGUGUAAAAUGAGAGAGAUAUUGUACAUGACCUUAAAUAUCAUUGAAUGUCGAGAAUUUGGUUACUCUUUGGCUGACUUUCCAGACUUAUCGAGAUCUUGUAGCUGUGUAGAAGGAUGUAGCCUUAUUAGAGUACAAAAGAGGUGAAUGAGUUUAAAAAUAUCUCUUUUCUGGUACUUUAAAUACAUUUAAACUUUUUAAAAGUAUAUUUAAAUAUUAAAUAUAUCUCUAUGCAUUUACCUAUUUAAGAUUAAUAUUCUGUAAGUUGUUACAAGAUUUCAGUCUUCCUUUACUACUUAUUUAUUGACUUACGCCGUUGAGUUUAUUAUACCGUUGGUACUACAUAUUUCAAAUAUUUAAAGUUCGUUAAAAAAGGAAAUUAAUAUGUAAUCAAUUCUCUGUUCCAAUACUCAGUUGAAGUCUAUUGCUGUAGACUGUACUACUUAAAUAUUCGAAUAUGAUAUUCGUUAUGUUAUGUACUUAUAGACUAUGUAACGUUAUUCACAAUAUGUUGUUAUUGUAAGUUUAAUAUUACAGAGACAAAAUCAGUGAAGUAAGUGUAUUAAUUCUGUUUGUUUUAUCGAAGCCCGAUAGUACAAACAUAAUUUGAAAGAGUUGAUUUUUUAUACAUUAUUUGUUGAAUGAAAACGCUAAGCCAGGGUGGCUUCCAUUGUUGAGGCUUUCCAUACCAGUGCCUUAUGAUCGAUGUUUAGAAAGCUGACGUUAUUUUGCUGGUUUUUUCAACUGUUUGUUAAUGAUUGCUUUAAGUUUUUUGUUACACUAGAUAUAGUGUAUUCGAAUACUAAGUUAUUUUAGGUUGAGUGCACAAUCUAACCGUUUGUAUGUAUUUGCUUAGCCGAUGUGCGCUAGCCUUACCAGUGGCUUCGAGAUGUAAAAUUUCUUAAUUUGAUAUUAUGUUUAUUUGUUGAAGCUUUUAUGCAUAACUUGUUUAAUUAGAUAUAAAAGCCAACUUUGUUAUUAUUGCCUGUUGCACAAUUUACUCACUUGGUAUUCGUUUUGUCUUGUUCAAGCUUGUGUAAGAACAUUUUCAAUAUAAUAUAUAUACAGAAA